CUCCUCUCCACCCCUCCCCUUCCCGUGGUCCCGGGCUCCCGGACCCUCCCCCAGGGCCGCAUUCUCCUCUCCCCGUCUUCCUGUCCUCUUCCGCUGUCCUCUCGUUCCCCACCCCCAAGCAUAAACACCCCUCCGCGUCCCAGGCGUCUCCCGUCGCCCCUCCCCCCUCCCCGGGGGUCCGCCCUCCAGCGUUCCGGGGGUUCCCGAGGUCUCUCCAGGUGCGCAUUGCUUACACCCCUUGGGUUGACUUAAUUCUCCAGACGCGUAGCUCGUCCCUGGCUUACUAAGUAGGAAACAUUUGCAGUUAGCACGGCAAGUGGAGAGUUACCAGGGUUUGAAACAGGUUGUACCUUUUCAGAAGGUGACAGAGUCUGUUAAGGAAGUAUUGGCCGUUCAAGCCUUGGGGACUUAGCUUCAGGCAAGACCUGAAAGACGCCUUCCGUUGGGAAAGGAGAGCUCGCCGGGCUUUGGUGCGUGUGUUUUGUUUGUGUUUGCGAGGGCCUGUGUCUCCCAAGUUGAUGUUUGCACAUCAGAGAAGUCCUUUAUCUCCCCCCUUCGCUCAUGUGCUUGUCAACGUUUUCUUCGUUCUUUUUGAACAAGGAGGGGCUGAAGUAAACAACUGCAUUCUCAGUGUUGGGUAGACCGGCAGGUUCCUGUAUAAACAAGUCGGAACUUGUGGCUCUGCUGGGGGGAAAUAGAGCCAUACGCUAGGGUGGGAGGGGCCCUUGGAGAUGGUGGGUUUCGGCUCCUGAGACCAGCGCCUGGGCCCCCUCCCUGCUUGUACUUGGCGCGGGACAUCCCUGGCGGGGAGAGACUCCUCGUUCUGACAACGUGUCAGUAUUUUCAGUUCCAGUUUUAGAAAGCAUUUUUUGUGUGUUUAGCAGAAAUUAUCUCCAUCCGACACGUGUUCCACUGGCUUGGCUUUUAUCAGGCUCGUGUAUAGUGUGUAUAUGGCAGCCUUUCGAGUACUUGGGAAAAAAAAUCCCUCUGCAUUCCUUGUGAGAGUUUUGGUUUUCAAAAUGAAAGAAGUCUCCAUUUCUUCCAUUAUUCCUGCGGCAGGAGGUGUGGUUUUGGUUCCUUCUCCCCAGCUCAUCCAGCUGAAUUACUUUGUCCAUGUUGCCCUUAAUAAGUAGCCUGAUAAACCCAGCGUCGACUUGAAUCUUGGCCCCGGCUAUCAGAGCUGCAUGCUCCGUUAGCCUGGCCACUGUCACAGCCUCCUCGAUUGUCCACCUGAGACCUUCCGAUGCCUGGUCCUGCUCCAGAUGGAUGAGCGCCGUCUCCUCCCUGUGCCCUUACGGCUGGUUUUGGAGGAAGCAGCAUUAGAGUAAGGCUUUCUUGUUGGGUGGUGCCCGGUUACUGCGGAGCGGUGAAUUCAGGGUUGCAAAGUAUAGUCGAGUGCAGCAUCCGAAAAAUGACUUGCCAUUACUUUGAAAAAUUGAAUUUGAGUGGCUUGUAGGUCCAGAUGGUUUGGCAAGGACACUUCUUAACCUGUUGUUGGUGUUUUUGGUGGCGUUAGGACUGAUCACAUUCGUGGUCAGUAAUGAGCAGUGAUUGUUUGCAGUGUGAGGGAGUGUUAGAUUGCCAGGGAAAGUUAAUAGUAAAUAUCAGAUCCUACAGGUUAUCACGUGCAGCCUACCAGUGGCAGCAGAUAGCGUUACCACGUAGUUAUUUCGUCUGUCAUUUUGGGUAGAGAUUACCAGUGUGUUCAUUGGUAAAGAAUUUUGCUCCCUUGAGGAUUUUUUAAAGCUGUAUUUGGUGUGGGGUAAAGAACGUAGGCCCGGGAUUGAAUGGCAGCCCUGUCCUUUCACACUGGUGUGUGAUCACGAGAAUAACUUCUCAGUCCCAAUAUGCCUAAUAAUGUCGUAAAGCCAAAAUGAGGUCGUGACGGGCAGGUGGUGCCUGUAAAAAGGUUGUAGUUAGUUGCUAGUUUUACUAAAAACUUAGCCUUUGCACGUGGAAUAAACUUUCACAGUGAGGCAAAGUUGAAAAUAAGGGAUAAAUACUUAAUAGACAAUGAAACAUACCCAACAUAUACUUCGUGUUUGCUUUCUGAGGAUAGAACAUUAUACUUUGUGGGCUUCUGGGUGAAGAGGUAGCUUUCAGGUCCGUCCUGGAGGAUGUGUGGGUGCAGACAUUUCCCUGAAGCAAGCAAACAUGACCCAACUUUUAACUAGUGACCCCAAUUUUAAGAUGACUGUCCAAGACUAGGGCUAUAGGCCUUAGCCUCAGAACUAAGUGGCUCGCCCAGGAUUAAACUUGACCUCAUUAGCACUUUAUCCCAUCUGGCUGAGUUAACUGACCGUGGGGUGUAACCAGGAAGGACUCUGAAACAAUUUAGAGUGGGGGUGAGAAUCUAAUAAUCGGAAGAUCCUAGUGAUUUGGAAGUCUAAUAUUCAGCUCUAAAAUCUUUAAUUUAUUUUAUAUAUUUUUAUUUUUUAAAUUAAAGAAAAAUUUUUUAUUUUUGGCUGUGUUGGGUCUUCGUUGCUGCGCGUGGGCUUUCUCUAGUUGCGGCGAGUGGCGGCUACUCUUCGUUGUGGUGCACGGGCUUCUCAUUGCGGUGGCUUCUCUUGUUGUGGAGCGUGGGCACUAGGGCGCACGGGCUUCAGUAGUUGUGGCACACGGGCUUAGUUGCUCUGCGUCAUGUGGGAUCUUCCCGGCUCAGGGCUCGAACCCACGUCCGCUGCGUUGGCAGGCGGAUUCUUAAUCACUGUGCCACCAGGGAAGUCUUCAGCUUUAAAAUCUUGACGAUGAAGAUGAACUGUUCCAGCCAUAACAUAGAAGAGCGUUUGUGUUAAAAGUCCCACCUUUCACACAUUUUGUGUCCUUGUGAGAAGCUGAAGAUUAGUCUGUGUGGUCGGUGGCUUUCAUUCCCGGGGAAAUCUCUCCCACUGCAAUUGCCAGUUUUGUGUGUGGGGUGUGUGUGUUUGGACCUCUUAGUUGUGGCAUGCGGACUCUUAGUUGUGGCAUGCGGACUCUUAGUUGCGGCAUGCGGACUCUUAGUUGUGGCACGUGGACUCUUAGUUGUGGCAUGUAUGUGGGAUCCAGUUCCCCGACCAGGGAUCAAACCCGGGCCCCCUGCGUUGGGAGCGCAGAGUCUUACCCGCUGGAACACCCGGAAGUCAGUGCUGUUUUCUUUUUUCCCAGCAAUUUAUAUCAAAUGUUUUGUAAACAUUACCAUUUUAUUUGAAGUAAAAGUCCCUAGGGUAAGUAUAAAAUUGGAGUUGUUUAGGAAGAGUGAAACCUCUACAGGUGAAGGAGCAUUUUCGCUGUGAACUAGAGGAGGGUACGUGGUGUUCUGGUAGCCAGCUCAGAGGGGAACACGUGCUGUUGCUUUGUCUUCUUGAAGGCGGUUGGGAGGAGAGCGGAAAUGUACUUUCCGUUGUUGACGAGCUGGGAAGGUUGUGUAGUAGGUAUUGAUACUUCGAGGAGUUGAGGGAGUUCUAGUAGCAGCUUCUCUUGCUCCUAAGCUGUAGCCUUGAGACGGGUGCUGUGUUCGUCACAGUGAGGUGUGUGUCACAGUACGUUUCGUGGGGAAGAGGGUAUUGUGGGUGUUGUUUUUGCCUGAAAUUUGUACAUCAGAACAUCCAGAUCGGAGCUUGAAUGGACUGCUUGACUUGGUGUUUAUGCGCAUGUGGGAUGUGGAGUUGCUGGAUAAAAUAUAAGACAGCAGGUAAAUUUGAAUUUCAGAUGAACAAUGAAUAACUUUUUAUUAUUUGUUGACCUGAAUUAAAAAAAUUUUUUUUUUUGCUUUUGAAGAUUUAUGUACAGAAAAAAGGAUCUACAGCACUUGAAAUAUUCAAAGAGGUUGAUAUUAGAAUGAUUUUCUAGUAGACAUAUCUGCUCUCUUUUUAUGUUUACAUUCAAUGAUUUUUCCAUAUGUGGAUAUAUACCUGUUAAGAUAGAUACAUAUUCGGGAUUUCCCUGGUGGUCCAGUGGUAAAGAAUCUGCCUUACAAUACAAGGGACGCAGGUUUGAUCCCUGGUCGGGGAACUAAGAUGCCACAUGCAGCGGGGCAACUAAGUCCGGCACCAUAACCACUGAGCUCGUGUGCCUCAACUAGAGAGCCUGAGUGCUGCAAACUACAGAGCCCACGUGCCCUGGAGCCUGCGCGCCACAACUAGAGAGAGAAAACCCACAUGCCACAACUAGAGAGAAGCCCGCAUGCCGCAAUGAAAGAGCCCACAUGCCUCAACUAAGACCCGACCAAAAAAAAAAAAAAGAGAGAUAGGUGUAUAUUCAAGAUGAUUUUAAUCCUAAAUGCUUGACUUUCUAGAAUGAUGACUUUUAGUAAAGUUUUGAAUUCAUACUUUAAUGAUGUUUUUAAGUCGUCAGCUAUGUUUUAGGUAUUGCAUGUUCGUCUGUAUUCAGUCCAUACUAUAAAUUACAAACUUAUUUUUGGAUGGAUAUAAUUGAAUUUCAAAUUUAACUUUUUUUUUUUGAAUCUGGCAUUCUUGGGAGUGGAGGAGGGUAAGGUGGGAGGGGUGGGUGAUGACUAAAUAUAUUCCAUCUGUAUUACUUUCAGAAUUCAGAAUCUGAAAUUGGUAUGUGUUUAGAACUUUUAUUGCUCCGCUCUAACCUUUAGUAUGAAUUGCCCUUUUAAAAAUCUUAAAGCGGCAGCUUUGUGUAAGCGCGGUCCCGAAGAUGGGAGGCGCGGUGAGUGCUGGUGAAGACAACGACGAGCUGAUAGACCAUCUGAAGGCGGCGCAGUACAUCCGCUCCGAGCGGGUGGAGCAGGCCUUCCGAGCUGUUGACCGCGCUGACUAUUACCUCGAGGAGUUUAAGGAGAACGCGUACAAGGACUUGGCGUGGAGGCACGGGAACAUCCACCUCUCCGCUCCGUGCAUCUACUCGGAGGUGAUGGAGGCCCUGGACCUGCAGCCUGGCCUUUCCUUCCUGAACCUGGGCAGCGGCACCGGCUACCUCAGCUCCAUGGUGGGGCUCAUCCUCGGUCCUUUUGGUGUGAACCACGGGGUGGAACUCCAUUCAGAUGUGACAGAGUAUGCGAAGCAGAAGCUGGACUUUUUCAUCAGGACAAGUGACAGCUUCGACAAGUUUGACUUCUGCGAGCCCUCCUUCGUCACCGGCAAUUGCCUGGAGAUCUCUCCAGGCUGCUCUCAGUAUGACCGGGUGUACUGCGGGGCAGGCGUGCAGAAGCAGCACGAGGGGUACAUGAAGAGCCUCCUCAAAGUCGGGGGCGUCCUGGUCAUGCCGCUGGAAGAGAAGUUGACUAAGAUAACUCGGACGGGUCCUUCCGCCUGGGAAACCAAAAAGAUUCUGGCUGUGUCUUUUGCUCCACUCGUCCAGCCCUGCCAGUCGGAGUCAGGAGAAUCAAGACUUGUCCAGGAUGAAAAGGAACCCCUAGAAAGAAAGAGAAGGGAAGAGGAGCGUGAGCAGAGGCACACUGGCCGUGAGCUGGACGUCGCUGGUGUGCGGGGCACGUAUGCCGGGGACGUCCGGGUUAGGGUCAGGGUUAGGGUUAGCAGCGUUUGGCUGCCCUGUGUUAUUUGAAGCCACGGGAUGGAUGUCAAACCAAGGACUAAUAGGCGUAAGCGGAGAGGAGCUCGCCAGAGUGGGGGUCGUGGGAACGUGAGGUGGGCAGGUGGGUUAGACCCGAGUUUAUCAUGUAGGUGGUAGAGUCCGUCCCAUGUUUUAAAUAGAAGAUGUGGGGACUUCCCUGGUGACACAGUGGUUAAGAAUCCACCUGCCAGUGCAGGGGACACAGGUUCGAGCCCUGGCCCGGGAAGAUCCCACAUGCCGCGGAGCAACUAAGCCCGUGCGCCACAACUGCUGAGCCUGCGCUCUAGAGCCCUCGAGCCACAACUACGGAGCCCAUGUGCCACAACUACUGAAGCCCGCGCACCUAGAGCCCGUGCUCUGUAAUAAGAGAAGCCACCGCGAUGAGAAGCCUGAGCACUGCAAUGAAGAGUAGCCCCUGCUCGCCGCAACUAGAGAAAGCCCGCGCGCAGCAACAAAGAGCCAACGCAGCCAAAAAUAAAAAACAACCCCCCCCCCAAAAAACUCUAAAUAGAAGAUGUGGCACCUCUGUAUUCUGGAUUCCCUGGUGGUCAGGGGAGGGUGAACUCGUCAAAUGUGUGCUCCCUGAAACCCACCGGAAGGGGUAGGCAGGCACUGCCCGUGGGUGGGGAGGGCACGGCCUUCCAAGAGCCCCUGCAGAGUUUCAGAAGGUGAGGUCACAGGUGGGAUCUACGACAGGUGUCUUGAUCAUGCCUGGGUAAGAAUCAUGAAGACGUGGAGGGUACCCCGAGAUGUGGGUUUUGAGGCUUCAAAGCAGACGUGGCACAAUGAACAAUGUCGAUGCUAUUUAGGGCUCCUGAAGGGAACUUGUGAUCUUGUCUCCCGGACCAGAGGUUCUUAGACGAGUAGAGUCACGUCGAUGAGGGCAGUGCGCACGGAGGCCGUGAGGAUGUGGUCGUGUGCUGCACAGGGGAUGGGGUCAGCUCUCGGAUGGACGGGUGAGUGACCAGACUGCAGGCUGAGCUGGUCAGGAGGCCGCUGGGAUUUUCUGGGCAAGAGAUAAAGACUGAAGCUAAGACACGGGGCUCCAGUGGCAGGGGCUCAGGAGGCGUGUAGGGCCUGUCUGAGGAAGGAGGUGGGCCUGAGGUGGCUGGCAUGUUAUGGAGGCGGGUCUGCAGGAGGCCCUGACCCCAGCAGGACUGGGUUAGAACCUGGGGAGCCUUUGGCUGCCCUGUGUUAUUUGAAGCCACGGGAUGGAUGUCAAACCAAGGACUAAUAGGAUAAGCGGAGAGGAGCUCGCCGGGCUGGGUGGAAGAGGAGGAGGCCAGGGGAUGAGGCGGCCCCCACCGACGGCACCUCGGGGUGAGCUGGAGAGGCCAGAGCUGGCCCUUGGGAGGUCUGAGAAGGGGGCAACAGCAACUGGAGUGGCGGGGGAGGAGUGCUGCCACCACCUCCUGCUCGGCGUGGCGGAGUGUGAGGGCCGGGCGAGUGCAGUGUCCUGACAAAGGGGAGGAGGGUGCUGCGAGCGGGGGCGCCUCCAGGGCAUUGGGCGCUGAGCAGGUUCUGCUCGGGCCUCUGUGACUCUGGUCAGAGGUGUGGGCAGCAGAGGAGCCCUCCGGAGAGUUUGCGUUGUUACUCUUUGGAGAAGUUAGGUUCGGGGGUAAGAAGUGAUGCUGGCUUGCAGUGUCAUGCAUGUAAGCACGCGGCCCCUAGUGAUCCUCUGCCCCCGGAAGAGCCCUCGUGUUGCCGUGUGUGUGUUGCCCACACAUUUGCCCAACUUGAGCUUCCAUUACCAGAGUGUAGUUUUCCUCGAUGUGCUUUGGGACUUUUGUUCUUAAAAAUGUUUUGGAACUGCUUUUUCUCUACUUUAAUAAAAAAGGAACAAAUUCUUAAAUUUCUGAAAUACUGUGAAAAUAUUAAAGCAGAUAAAAGAAUUGUAGAGCCAUGUGGUCACUGUAUUUCUGCUGGGUGAGACAAUGCAUCACUGAACACGGCAAAUAGGGAAAUGAAGCCGGUUGUCAAAGAACCAAACGCUGUAACGCUGGUUCUUAUUCUUCCAUUGAUUAGCCAAGCAGUACUGCUUCCUUUUCUUAUCUGAUUUAAAGGUCAGUGCCUUUGAAAAUAUCUUUUGAAAAAUACCAUAUGAAUGCAAAUUAGAGUAUAGUUAACAUUUGCCUACAGCACUGUCCUGUUCUUUUUUUUUUUUAACAUCUUCACUGGGGUAUAGUUGCUUUACAGUGGUGUGUUAGCUGCACUGUCCUGUUCUUUUUUUUUUUAACAUCUUCAUUGGGGUAUAGUUGCUUUACAGUGGUGUGUUAGCUGCACUGUCCUGUUCUUGUAAUGUGUCUGUAAAUAGGCCAGUACAUGAAACUGUGGUUAGAAUUUCCUCGGGUGCUAGACCUCGUGGUGUCACGAGGGUGAGGCUGACGUCUCGCUGUCUGCACAGCACCCCUGGCGGUUCGCAGCCUCCAGGACCUGGCGCGCAUUGCCAUCCGGGGCACCAUUAAGAAGGUCAUCCACCAGGAGGCUGUGAACAAAAACGGGGACGGACUGAAGAACACUCCCAGGUUUAAACGGAGGAGAGUUCGCC